GCCCGGUCAAUCGGCCCAAGCACGCGAUUUAUUUCUUUCUUAAUUCUGCCGAUCGCAGCACUUGAAUCUGUGACCAAUUCGAUGCCCAGACAUAUGCAUGAUCCCUGCGACACAAACCUUUCAGUAUGACAGAGGUGGAUCUUCUUGCGAAGCUUCGUGAGGCGAUCAAAGGACCCCAUGCAGCCAUCCACCGAAUGAACAUCUCGAGGAUCAGCCUCUGUGUACCUCCUCAAACCCUCCGACCCACCCUAUAUGCGUUGGGAUUAUCGCGCUAUGCCGAAAUAUUCUAUGGACUGGAGGAGGAGUGGGUCGCAUUCAUUGGUGACCCGACAGAUUGGAUCGGGGAGGAAUCGGUCGAUCGCACCCCCGAUUCGUCGCUUGACAGCAGUCAGCGCAUGAAAUCCCUGUUGCGUAUUCUUUAUGUGCCCGAACUCCUACGGACAAGGUCUCUGCAAGCCGAUCUUUCGUUCUUACAGUCCGUGGACCCGAGCAGUACGGAGCUGAUUCGUGAACAAAAUCCUGGACUGGAGAUCAGACGAUACAUUCAUGACCACGUGGGGCAACACCCUCAUCUCCUCGUGGCUUGGAUCUGGAUCUUGUAUUCGGCUGUUCUGUAUGGGGGCCGCGAGCUCCGAUCGCAACUUCUCAAGGCUGGACCAGAAUUCUGGGACUUAUCGGCGACCGAACUCAAGGCUCAUAGAACGCCCUGUCCGUUGUCCUUUUGGCACAUCGAUGAUGAUAGUGCCGUCAAAGCCAGAUUUCGAACAUUGAUGGUUGAUGUCGACCGUUUAUUGACACUCCAAGAACAACAGGAUAUUCUCAACGAGUCGCUUAAAAUUUUCCAGAAGCUCGAAUUAUUGACUUUGAGCUUAGAUGAGGAAGCGAAACAAACCAAUCUUUGA